UCACAUCCUCAUCUUUCGGCUGUGAUUUCGCUGUGAGACGUUAAAAGAAGCGGAACUUAUAUUGGUGUUUAGUAAUGUUCCCGUUUAAACGCGUUAAUGCGCACUAUAAGACCGGUUCAAGUGCACUUCAUAUACUGUACAAGUGGAACUGACUAUACUUUUAUAUAUUUUAACUAAUUAGAGGGGGGGUUUUUUUAAGAUAAAAAGCUUGAGAGAUUUAAUUAUCUUAAUCUCAUCAAAACCUUAAGCAAAUAUAAAUUGUCAGAUAAAUAGGAGAGACAAUAAACUGAGGAAAGCAGCUGUAGUCUCUUAAAAUGCCUCUCAUCCACUUUAUAUAUUUAUAUAUUUAUAUAUAUACUUUAUGUGUGUGUGUGUGUGUGUGUGUGUGUGUGUGUGUGUGUGUGCGCGCGCGCGCGUGCAGCACAUAAUAUGUAAAAACAUUAGUGUAAAAUGAUUUGUCUUAGUUUUUUUUUUGGUUUGUUUUUUUUUAAUGGUAAUGAUGAUAAAAAAGAGGGAUAAAAAAAAAAUACAUUUAGUUGUUUAUUUAGUCCUGCCCUGAGUAAACUAUUUCACAUAACAGAUGUUUACAUAUAGUCCACAAGAUACAAUAAUAACUAAAUUUACACAAAUGAACCAGUUCAAAAGUUUACACACGCUCGAUUCUUAAUACCGUGUGUCGUUACCUGGAUGAUCGACGACAUGAUGUGUUUAUGUUUUGUGAUAGUUGACGAGUCCCUUGUUUGUCCUGAGCAGUUAAACCGCACGCUGUUCUUCAGGAAAAUCCUCCAGGUCCGGCACAUUCUUUACUUUUCCAGCAUCUUCUGUAUAUUUGACCGCUUUCCUUUAAACAGCGACUAUAUGAUGUCGAGAUCCGUCUUUUCAAACCGAGGACGACUGAGGGACUCGUCUCAUACACGACUAUUACACAAGACCCAUGAUCAUGGAGCGCUACAGGCACUUCAUACUGAACCAGAAGCUGGCGGUCGUGUGGGGCGUUCUGCAGGUGGCCUGCGCCAGCUUGUGUGUCGUGUGUGGGUUGAUAGACGCGGUUUUCCGUAUGGACACGACCCUCAGCGAAACCAGAGCUCCUCUGUGGGCUGGACUGAUCAUGGCUAUCCCUGGCGUGCUCGCACUUUUUGCCUCACAAAGGAAAAACCCCACGCUGGUUAACGUCAUGAUUGUUUCAUCUGUCGUCUCUCACGUCGCCACCGUGAUCGUAUUCGUUUACGCCGGCGUGACGCUCAGCUACGGCGAGGAAGACGACGAACUUUUCCACCCCCGUCACAUCACUGAAGUGAAGUUUGUGCUGAGCCGCAUGGUGAAGGCAGCGAACAGCACCAUGGUGCUCGCUGGAGUCGGCUCGUUCAUCUUCUCCUCCCUCAUCGCGUAUACGGGGUGUCGCAGUCUGCCGCUCUGUGGCUGCUAUGAUUCAGUCACAGGCAUGGAGAUGCUUGUUACUCAGAAUGACCCGAGUGCUUCCGGUGAACUGGUCUGCUCAUGGCAUGGUGGAGACGAGCGGCUGUUUAACUCGCCCGUGUCGUUUACGGAGCGCUGCCCCGAACAGGAACAGGAACUCUCUGCACUUCCUCCAUACAGCAGACUCACGUAGGCACCGAAGUGCGCACUCCUGACUGGACACUCGCUGUAAACACUCGCGCCGUUCACUCUCCGUGGAUUUUCGAGCUCUCGGUAAGAACCCUGAAGAGAAGAAGCUCCUGAAUAUCCAGUUCCAUGUUUCCUUGCACUUUCCUUUCUACCGACUGAAGCUCUUACGUGCCAUGUUCAACCUAUGCACUGUGUUUUUAUCAUUUUUAAUUUAUCACAAAAUGCCUGUAUAUAUUGUGAAAUAAACAACUAAUUUUUAAUAAAUAGU